UUUUUUUUUAACAAGAUGGCGUCAACGCAGUUAACGGACGAGGAGAUUUUCUCGGAACUAAAGCGCUUUGGAUUCACUCCAGGUCCGGUUACCGAAAACACUCGUCCGGUAUAUUUAAAGAAAUUGAAGAAACUUCGCGAAGAGCAGCAGCAGAGAGGUUCCAGACCGGGUAAAACCCGAAGCAGCGGGUCCAUCAACAGCACCACAGGCGACGGCGGCGCCGCGGCAUCUAGGCCAGUCGGCCCUGACGUCACGCACUUGAGCACUAGCAGGAGACCGGGCCGGAAGUCCUCUGUCCUCGGAUUCAGCUCCGACGAGUCUGACGCUGAAACUCCACUGAGAAGAAAGGGCCUCGAUCACAGCAGUAGGGCAAACCGAAGCUCCAGUUUUCCAAAACAGCCGAAGAUUACCAUACCAACUCAUAAUGCGGCUAGCAAGGUUCAGUAUGGCGGUGGUACGAGGCUGAACAGUAGUUUUUCCCCCGGUCCAGACGGACAGAGAAGUGUUUCGCUGGGCUGGGCAGUUGGUGCUAGCUCGACCCUUGACUCGGAAGGAAUGCAUUACGACGAAUCGGGGGACGAUGACGACUGUGAGGAGGAAUCGGAGAAGAAUUCUUGCUCUUUAAAUGGUCGCGGAGCGUCUCGCCUGAACAAUAACAAACUAGCCGGGGAGUACUCGGAUUCAGACGAAGAAGAAGUUGGGGGCACCGGAGAGCGAGAUAGGUUAGAGUUUCGACGGGGGCACCGGAUAGUCUCUACGUUCUCUUCUCACGUCGCCGAACGAAACUCCCAAACCGAAAAGAAAAACCAUGAAGUUUUUCCGCGUCGGGAUAUAAACAUGGUGAAAAGCUACGGUGAGGUUGGAGCUGAAGACGAGUUAAAGAGAAGAGAUUUGGACCCAUCAGGAGGCUCGCGGAGCAACAGGAUUCCCAGGAAGCACAUCUACGUGUCCCUCACCGAAAACCAUGGAGGAAAGGCCGGUGAAAACAACCACGUCGACGGCGAAGACGGAACGUCUAGAAGCAACAGCACUAGUAGGUUCGCUAUUGGGUUGCGACCGCGCUUCUCCACCUACAGCAGCCUGUCCCAGACACACCGGGACAACCACUCCAAUCACACCCCCGCUCCCAACCACUCAUACAGCCAGGCAGUGCUGAAGAAAAAGCUAUCUGUCCCGGAGGAUGAGCUUCUCCAGCAGUUCAAAAGGGAAGAGCUAGCCUCCUCUGGUAGCUUUAGUGCCCAUUAUCUGUCCAUGUUCCUCCUCACGGCAGCCUGCCUCUUCUUUCUGCUGCUAGGCCUCAUGUACCUGAGGAUGAGGGGCACUGGAUCCUCGGACAUGGAUGGCGCCAUUAAGAGUCACCCGUUUGGCAGUGAGUUUGACGCCUCUUAUGUAAAGGAAGAAAAGGAAGUGAUCCUAAAGCUGCUACUCAAUCUUCAUGACCACUUGGCCUUCAUCGCUGGCCAGCAUGACUGUGGAGAUCAGCAGCAUCCAAACAGGAGCCUGUCAACUGAUGAGGCCUCUGCGUAUUUAUUGACUCAGAAUAAGGAGUUUAAAGACUUCUUUCUCGUUUCUCUGGAGUGGAUCAUCCGAACAGGACAGGAUCUUGGCAUAAGACUAACCGGGCAGGUAGCUGAUGAUCCAGUGACUGAUGUGUCUGAGAUCUCUCGACUGGAGUCCACACAUCCUAAGAUGCCCUUCCAAUGCCGUUUCCGCCGAGCUUUCCUCACCGUCAUCUGCAGGGUCAUGUUCAUCGCAGUCGUGGUAGGCUGUAUGUGGAGUGUGGUGUACUACAUGAGAUAUCGCUGGAGGAGAGAAGAGGAGGAGACCAGGCAAAUGUAUGACAUGGUGGAGAAGAUCAUUGAUAUGUUGAGGACCCACAGUGAAGCCUGCCAAGAAAACCAGGACAGACAGCCGUACCUGCCAAUUCCCCAUGUCAGAGACUCCUUGGUUCAGCCUCAGGAGCGGAAGAAAAUGAAGAAGAUUUGGGAGCGAGCUGUGAGUUUCCUCUCAGCCAAUGAGUCCAGGAUUCGAACAGAGACUCAAAGGAUCGGUGGAGCGGACUUCAAGGUCUGGAGGUGGCUCCAGCCUUGUCUUAGUUCUGACAAGACCUCCUUGAUGCCCUCCAAAGUCUGGCAGGGAAAAGCUUUCCCUCUGGACCGGAGGAAUUCACCUCCCAACAGUCUCACGCCAUGUCUUAAGAUCAGAAACAUGUUUGACCCAGUCAUGGAGGUUGGGGAAAACUGGGAUCUAGCUAUUCAUGAGGCAAUCCUGGAGAAGUGCAGUGACAACGACGGCAUCGUCCAUAUCGCAGUUGACAAGAACUCAGGAGAGGGAUGUGUCUAUGUGAAAUGUCUCUCUGCAGAACACUCAGGGAAAGCCUUCAAGGCACUUCAUGGCUCCUGGUUUGAUGGUAAGCUGGUGACGGUGAAAUAUCUGCGUUUAGACCGAUACCACCAACGCUUCCCACAAGCCCAGGGCUGCAGCACGCCCCUGAAGGCCUCCAGCUUCCACCUGAACACCACAAGCACCAUGAACACACGUCUGCAGUACUCUGGCUCAGCCAACUCUUCAGGCUUCUCAUGAGACCAUCGUUGGAUUCAGAGUUAACAUUCUCCGCUGUGCCCUCCCACAAUUACAGCACCAGUCUGCUGUUGCUUCUUCACUGCUUUACAGCAGAGUAGACUCCAGUUUGUGUCACAGGGAAGCUUUUUUUAUUUUUAUUUUUCAUUUUUCACCACAGGAUAUUUGUGAAAGAAACUGUUCAGCAGUGCAGUGUCUUUUAUAUAAUCUUUGUAUUAGAAGUGUCAUAGAUUUAAGAAAGAAGCAGAGUUCUUCUAGACUAUUUAAGAUGAUGUGCAAAGACUCCAGUUUUCCCUCCUCUCCCACUGUAUAUCUGAUGCCAUGAUGGAGUUCAUUUAGGCACUGUAUGGAAACAGCAUGUAUCAGUACAUCUCUGUGUAAGCUUUCAUUACAACAGUAUGGGUGUGGAGUCCCAGAGGUGUUAACCUGUUCAUAGGAUUAAUACCGUUUUAGUAAAGGGAGGAGACAGAGCAGCUGUACAAACAUGUGAACUGCAGCACAAGCUGGGUUACCUUUUCUCUACUAAAGUCAACCUGAAGUGCACAUUUUUCUUGCAGCUUGCUCACCACAGAAAAGUCCACCUGUAGCCACAGACAGACCCUUCCAGAAGGCCUCCAGUUAGCCAGAACACAGCAUCAGUGAGGAUGAUGUCUUUGUUUGCUCCAUGUCUGAGCCUUUCUCCUCCUCCUCAUUCAUUUUAUGAAAGCUCCCAGAUGUAGGAUUGACAGUCCCCUGAAGCUUUCUUCUCCACUUAUAGUCCAAGUUAUUAUUGUUACUCGUAUUUAUUAUUUACCUCUUUAAAGUUGGGUUGUUUUUACUGUUGAUUUAUCCACUCAUUGAAUUCAAAAACUGUUGUAACAAUGACCACGUUUAUUCCCUCUGCAAAGCUGAGCUGCAGACCAGAGGAGCUCAGACUUCAGGGUGGUUCAUGUCCAGCUGAACGUCUGUGCUUCUCUCUCUCUGGUGAGACAAAUAUUUGCUGUGGAUGGACCCUGAUGCUGUCACUGCUGGUCUCUGAUCUUCUCAGCCUCAUGUGUGAUGCUGACAUUAGUGUGUUCUACCUAGAACUGGGAAGCUGUUUAAAUUCCAAAUAUUCCAGACACAUUAGCGAGGCUGUAAAGAGCUUCAGGAUUCCUGGUUGAGUGAGUCUGUUUCUACAACCCGUGUCUCUUCAUAAAAGACAACAAGGACAGGCUAGACAUAUUUUAAUUUAAUGCAGUGAAUUGAAAUUUGGAUUCAGUUUUUGCAGUGUGAAAUUGUACAAAUGGUGCACAUUCCAGAUGUUAAAAGCCUGCUGCAGCAUCCUGCAGCCGAUGACCCUCACUGUGCCUUAAAUUUGUGCUUUUUUACUGGCACUGCAUUAUUGGAGAAUGUACUGGAUUUAAGAGAAGUUGAGACAUUUUAAAUGGUGACUGAGGCCUAGCUGUAGUUCUGUCAGUUUCUGCAGAUUUGAUAUUUUGUAGCAAUUUCCUUUGAUGUUAAACCAAAAGCUUCUAUUUAUUAUUUUUGUUAAACCACCAAGGCAUGUACUAUUUCAAUGUUACGACACCUGCUAUAUAUGUGUCAACUUUUUUUUUCCAUCAGGGAUCAACUUUACAUCCACUUUGAAACAAUUGUCAGGAUGUGUAAAACAACAAAAUAAAGUGAAUAAUCUAGUGGUUGGUGCAUCAACGUAAUCUAUUUUUGUAUGUCUAGCAGAAUGGUGCACCUGUAGUGUCUCAGUUCACACUGACUAACGGGGCUUAAGGUAAAUGAGUGACAUAACGGCACUUCUCAAAGCUUGUGCUUCACAUUUAAGUGCAUCCUCAAUUCAUUUUACCUUUGUGUUUUUUUUAUGUAAACACUGUACAUUGAUAUAACUGUAAUAUCUUCCAUUAUAUGCUUUAUUUCCCUGACAUUGUAUGGGGGGUGGUAUUGGGGGAGAGUAGGGAUACAGAAGUUUUAAUGUAAUUUGCCAGGUGUACAAAUAGCUCAAAUUAAAGGUUUAUCAGGAGUUUUUA